AUGGAAUUUACUUACAGUAUUCGAAAAGCAACUGAAAAAGAUGCAAAAGAUAUUUUUUUGAUGUUAAAAGACCUCGCAGAAUAUCAAAGUCUGAUGGACCAAUGCAAUUUAACGUUUGAAAGAUUUUAUAAGGAUGGUUUUGUGGAAGAUCCAGCAUUUCAUUGUAUUAUUGCCGAAUCAAAAACUGCAACUGGGGGGGUACAGACAGUCGGAUAUGCUCUUUACUAUUAUGCUUACUCCUCAUUUAAUGGAAGAAGUGCUUUUUUAGAAGAUAUAUAUGUAAAGGAACCACACAGAAAACGUGGUAUAGGCAGUGAUUUGAUGAAAAAUGUGGUUAACAUCGCUAAAGAUAGGGGUUGCACGCAAUGUCGUUUCUCUUGUCGUGGUAGUAACACAAAUGCGUUGAACUUUUACAAUUCAAUGGGUGCAAAUGAUUUCACAGAUUCUGAAGACUGGCAUUCGCUUUCCCUAAAAUUUGAUAAUUUAUUGUAG